UUCGACUGCAGAGGAAAGCCACGCCCAACGCGGAAAAGAAACACCAUAGUUCUCAUGUGCGGACAGUCAUUUUAAAGUGAGAAUUUUGAAUGAAUAAUAAUAAUCGAAUUCUAAGGGAAGUAUUUGCUUUUACUAAUUAAUAAUGCGAGUCAAGUAAUGAUAAAUGGGAGUCUGUUUUUAAGUGUGCUAAACCGGUUUAUCCUGACAGUCCAGUGUUGUCUCUGGGUUUUACUCUCCUCACUGCACAAAUUACACUGGACGAGGCAAUGGCAUUGCCAGAUGGCAAGAUUGCAUUUGUGAGCAACCUUAAUGGAACAACCCUGACAGAGGUUUCACUGGGAUCCCUGUUAGCUCCACUGUGCUUCCUGAGCCGAGGACUUUUCCUGAUAGUGUUUCACCUGGGAAAAGGGGUCCUUCCACUAUCCCGGCCAGCCCAUCUCCUGUUAGACUUCUUGACACUGAUAAUGCCACUGGUCCUGUCAUGCACUAUACUUAGCGAUAUUCUUCACUUUGUCAUCUUGGGCCUAGCCCUAGUGGAUUUUGCUGUCAUUUACUAUGUGUACAACAACAAAAACCCUCCAUCUCAGGGUUUCGUCCACAGUACGAUUAACAGAUUUUUACAAACUCGGGUAGAGUCUAACCUGGUCCCGUUCGUAACAGUGUUUCGGGUUCUGGUUAAUGUGAAGACCUCCAUAAGCAUUCUAGCGGUUGACUUCAGUGUGUUCCCAAGACGUUAUGCGAAAACAGAGACGUAUGGAACAGGGGUCAUGGAUUUUGGCGUGGGAGCUUAUGUAAUGGCAAACGCGCUAGUGUGUCCUGAAGCAAGAGGCAAGAAUAUUCAAGGAUCAAAGUUCAACCAUGUUUUAAAGCAGUGUAUGUCUGUAUGGCCCCUGGUUGUUUUGGGGUUGGUUAGGCUUGCGAGCGUCAAGUCGACUGGCUACCAUGAGCAUGUGACCGAGUAUGGAGUUCACUGGAACUUCUUCUUCACAUUGGCUAUUGUAAGAGUGGUGGCAUCUGUGCUUUUAGCCAUUUUUCCUGUAAACACAUCUUGGCUUCUUGCUCUCCUCCUUAGUGGAGCUUACCAGGUUAUCUUGCAGACAACAGAUCUUAAGUCUUUUCUCAUUCACAAUAACGACCGAACAGGCUUUCUACAGGCCAACCGAGAGGGUAUCUUCUCAGUUGUGGGUUACAUAGCCAUCUAUAUGGCUGGGGUUCAGGUUGGCCUUUACCUGAUGCAGAACAGAACAUUAGUUAAAGACUGGAUCAAAGUAAUUCGUAACCUUCUGUUAACCAGCAUUGGGUUAUUCAUCAUCUUACACAUUUGCCAAACAUAUAUAGAACCAGUGUCACGCAGAAUGGCCAAUUUUUCUUUCUGCAUUUGGACUGUUGCCCAGUCCAUGCUUUUUCUUUCUUGCUUAACUACUGCUGAUGUGAUUUUGCUGUUUUCCAAAGUGAUUUCUAAUGUUUCACUUGUAUCUUCAUCGUGGUGGCCGUGUAAAAAUAAGAAAAAUUCAUCAAGUGAUGAGAAAAUUAGGAAAAGUAUGGAUGCACUAUGCCUUAUACAAUCUGUUAACCGCAAUCAGUUAUUAUAUUUUCUGCUAGCAAAUGUCAUGACUGGUUUGACCAAUGUGUUAGUAGACACUCUGAACAGCAGUGAUGUGUUAUCUGUAUGUGUUUUGCUGAUGUACAUGUUUAUAAACAGUUUAGUUAUAUUCAUAUUGCAUAUCAAAAAAAUAACCAUUAAGUUCUGGUAAUACUUGAUAUUGAUCCAUGUUUGAGUUUUCUUCAUACUGUUUUACUGUUAAUGGCUCUUUAUUUACAAAUUCUGUUUUGAAUGCUGUAUUUUUUUGCAAAGUGUUAAUAAAAUCUAAUGUUUUA